GUGCUUGGGGCUCAGGCGAUAAAGCAUGGUAUAGUUUAUUAGCUCUGCGUUUAAGACAAAUGGGUUAUGUAGUAGUUGUACCAAAUUUUACAUUAUAUCCUAAAGCAAAGGUUGACGUAAUGUUAUCUGAUAUUAAACGCUCUUUGGGUCACUCUUCAGGAGCUCACCUAGGGGCCCUUGUUACAAUUCGGGAUUCAAUUAUUAAAUCCCAAACUAUUGAAGGAAAAGUAGGCUCAAAUCUAAAUGAUAUUGAUCCUGAAUUAGAACUUCCUAAAAUUGCAGGACUUAUUUUGAUGGCUGGAGUAUUCGAUAUAGGAAGACAUUUUCUCUGGGAAGCCAGACGUGGUGUUGAAGAAAUUUCUCCAAUGGGCCGUGUGAUGGGUGACACUCCCGAAACUUUUGAAAUGAAUUCACCAACUUUACUUCUUCAAAAUGCAACGAAAGAUAGAGAAGAUGAAACUGUUCCAUUAGAAUCAACUUUGAGAUUUAGUUCGGCGUUGAAUGAUUUAAAUAUUGAAGAUUUAAGACUUAGAGUAAUGACUGGGAUGGAACAUUCGGAUACAGUG